AUGGUGCAGCCAAUAUGUCUGCCUAAAAAAGUCAGCGGGAGAAAUCCCACUUGUCACUUCCUCUGGGAGCUGCAGAGGGCGGAGCUAGAAUGUCACUAUGAGUUGAAGAAACAAUCCAUGGAGCCUGCAGGCUGUGGUGGUCUAUGGGACAACAUUUCGUGUUGGGCCCCAGCAGCAGUAGGGGAGGUGGUGACUCUCUCCUGCCCCCCUGCUCUCACACACCUCUUCGGACGACAAGGCAACAUCAGUAGGAACUGUACCGAGGCUGGCUGGUCUGACGUCUACCCCAGCAUCAGCACCGUCUGCUGGUCCAGCGACAACAAACCCAACAAGCUGCUGUUCUACUCGGUGGUGAAGACUCUGUACACUCUGGGCCACAGUCUGUCCCUCAUCGCUCUCAUCACCUCUACACUCAUUCUCUGUCUGUUCAGGAGGCUCCACUGCACGAGGAACUACAUCCAUGUCAACCUGUUUGUGUCGUUCAUCUUGCGAGCUGUGGCCGUGCUGGUUAAAGACUCUGUUAUCUUCUCCCAUAAUGAAAACACUGACUGUAGCACGCAGCCCUCACUGGUGGGCUGUAAGGUCAGUUUGGUGAUGUUUAACUAUUUCAUCAUGGCUAACUUCUUCUGGCUGCUGGUGGAGGGCCUCUACCUACACACUCUCCUCCUCGUCACCUACGCAUACACACACCUCGCUGUCUACCUCACCAUCGGCUGGGGGUUACCCUCAGUAUUUCUUGUGGUCUGGGUCUUCUGUAGGAUCUAUCUGGAAGACACCGGGUGCUGGGAGAGGAAUGACAUCCCCACCCCUAGGAGGGUGAUCGACUGGCCCAUAAUGGCAUCUGUGAUAAUCAACUUUGUUAUUUUCAUCAGUAUCAUCCGUAUUCUAGUCCAGAAACUACGCUGCUCUGACGUGGGAGGGAACGACCAAUCACAAUACAGGCGUCUGGCUAAGUCUACCCUGCUGUUGAUUCCUCUCUUUGGAGUCAACUACAUGGUGUUUGUCUACCUGGUGGAGACAGAGAGCGACAGGAUGGAGGAAUACAAGAUUCUCUUUGACCUGGUACUGGGGUCCUUCCAGGGUCUGGUGGUAGCCAUCCUCUACUGCUUCCUCAACACUGAGGUCCAAGGGGAGCUGAAGUUGAAGUGGAGGAGGGUGUCGUUGAAGCGCUACAUGUGGAGGGACUACCGUCUACACAGGGCGUCAAUCAGCCAUAACGGGACUGAUAACUAUACCCACUUCCUGCGGAACUCCAGAGCCCAAUCCAUCCUGCAGACAGAGACCACCUCACUGUGACACGAAAGUAGUUCCAGCUGUGUGACCCCGGACUUGGAUCUAACUCUUUCUUUGACCCGGAAGUAGAUCUGGGUUCAAUCAACCAGUCAAUCAAACAAUACAAUUUGAGGUGAAACUGAAAAGAGGAACAUUUCUAACAGAUAUAGAGAUAUUUCAAGACAGAGAUAUUUGCUUGUUUUAUAAACGGAUUAACUUUUACCAUAGUGCCAGGAGAGGCUGGAUGUUUCAUUCCAUACUGUGGAACUCUUGAGGAGCUGUCAAUACUGCCACAAUGUGUUUGUGUGCGAGCAAGUUUGCGUUUGCGUGUGUGUUUGUGAGUUUGCGUGUGAAUGUGUGUUUGUGUGUGUGUGUGUGUGUGUGUGUUUGUGUGUGUGUGUCUUCAGAAGCUAACAAAGGGUCUAUAUAGAACAUCAUAUAUCCUAUGUUUAUGAGACAGAAGCCUGGAGAAUUUCUGUUUUCCACUGGAAUGGGUUUGGCAUUCCAGGUAUUGCACACACACACAUACACACACACACACAUACACACACACACACACAUACACACACACACACACACACACACACACACACACACACACACACACACACACACACAUACACACACACACACACACACUGACCUACACCUGGUGCCCUGUAGUCUGCCUCAGUUGUUCUCUGGAGUGUUCUGAUGCCCUGGUUUCAGCAGUGUGUGUGUCCAUCUUUCUCACACACACACACUUAUACAUGUGUCAGUUCUGAGCUGCUAGGGUCUGUUCUCUGUACCUCUCUGUCCUAAACCGUCACACUGUAUAGCCGCCCCUUGCCCUGUGAUUAACUCUCCUCUUUAUCUUCAUCUUUUACCUCCAGCUUUUUAGUUAACCUCAACAAGAAGAACCAUCUGCCACUCCUGUCCUCCACUCAUCCCUCUCUCCAUCGCUCUCUCUCUCACUCUCUAGAUAAUGGAGGUGUGUCUGAGGGGCUUCACUGCUUUAUUAAAGAGCUAAGGGGUUGAGAAGGCAACAACAUCUAUUAUUGGCUCACACACACACACACACACACAAUGCACUCUGGGUCGUCACGCUCCUAUUUACACAUUAGACUGCUUGACCGCCCUCUUUCUCUCCAUUCAUCCCUCUCUUCCUCUCUCUCUCUACCCCCUCUCCUCUCUGCCCCCUAUCCAUUGUAUUCCCCCUCUCUUUAUUCCAUACUCUCGCUUAAUUUUUCUCCCUACCUUUGAUCAUCUAUCUCUCUCUCUGAAUGGUCUCAGUGUGUUUUUAGAACUUUAAUAAUACAUGGAGGAGCAGCCAUUACGUAUUAAAACACUGUUACUAUCUGCAGACCCCCGCUGCUCUCUCUACAGCCAGGUCACUCUGUACGUGCACGUGCAUGUAUAAAGGUGACACAAAGCAUAUCCUCACUCAUUGUACUCAGAAUAGAAUAUGAGAACAGGAAAAUUUUCACCCACUCCUGAGCACCGCAUCUGUGGUCCUCCUCAGUCACACUGUGUGGUCCCAGUUGGCCACUAGAUGGUGCUAUGAGGUUAGACUUCUCCUCUCAGCUCUGCUAUAGUAACCCAUAGACAAACUGUACACUGUAUCACUUCAGAACAGCAAACCCCUGUAUGCUUUCCAGUGGUUUUAGAUCAACAUAAACACA